GCACCCACUGUUGGCGCCAUUAGCGCGGAUACUCGCGUCGGGUUGACGUCUGUCCGUGUCGGUCUGCGUCGCCAAGUGUCUCGAUUACGAUCCCUCGAUUGAUGAGCUUUCGUUCGACAACGAUCCGACGAUCACCAAGGACGUGGGAGUGCGAGGAGAUAGUGCGCGAACCGUGGGCUCGAGUUUCGUAACGUUCAUAACUUCGGAGGAGAAAGAGAGAGAGAGAAGAGAAUAGGUCAGGCAGAGAGUGCGGGAGAGAAAGACGCGAAACGGAGCCACGGCUGAGCGAAGACUCGAGAAGAGGACUCCGUUAAUCAGCGAAUCAACGUCGCAUCGAAACGACUCACGCAUGCGUGCUUUAAAAGAACGCAUCUCGAUUUAAUCGCGAAUUAACGAAACCCACCGAACGAGAUUAGCAUGAGGAAUGUGAGGUUAGGUUCGCGUUCAGAGCCCCUGUGCGCCCUGACACGAUCAGGGAUCCUCGACAAGGCCUGAAGUGCGACUUUAGAUCGAUUUUAGUUGUCGAAUGAAGCGAGGAACACGAAUUUAUAUAUAAUAAUAGCUGAUUUUAUCGUUGGGUGGUACACUCGAGGUUAGAAGGACGUUAUUGCAUUUCCGCCCUGUGCCGUCAAGUAUACAGGGUGUCGAAGUUGACCCUUCGACCGUAAAAAAAGAGGGAUCUGUAACGAUAUCGCCGUAUUGUCUUGAGAAUCUUGUGAAAAUGUGGCAUCCGCAGCAGACGCACUCGGAGGAGUCAACGGAGAGCAAUGUUCCAGAUAAGGCAAGCGAGCAGCAGUACGACUCUGGCAACGUGGACUCCGGAUUCCUGUCAGGGGCAAAUCUGGUCAGCUCGGAGCUGAACCUGGAAUCAGCAGAGCACGAUCCAGAACUGAGAGAAAGCGCUCCCGUGGCUUUGGAACCCAUGAGAGCCGACAGCGGAGUCGACCUGGGAUUGAGCGAGAGUUUGAGUCAGUUGACCCUCAAGCAGGUCACCCUCAACCCUCUUGGGAACAACAAGGUUCAAUCCGAGCCUACCAUCGAGUUGACUCCUCUUAGAACCAAGGUUAUCGGUAUCGAUGAACCGAGGAAGGUGCAGAACUACCAGCAGCCGUUGCAUAAAUCGGAGAGUGAGGCCAAGCAAUUCAACCGAGAGCCUUGGGAAUUAUACUACAUGCAGGACGACGAAGGCGAUACGCAGCUGCAUAUCGCCAUCGUCCAAGGAUUCCUGGAGGCAGCGUUAAGCCUCAUCAGGAUGGCGCCGCACCCGUGCCUAUUAAACAUCGUUAAUGACGACGGUCAGUCUCCGUUACACCUCUCGGUGCUGACACAUCAACCGAGGAUCGCCAGGCGGCUGAUUUUAGCCGGAGCAACCCCGGCGCUCAGGAACACCAGAGGGAAUACGGCGUUGCAUCUGGCAUGUGCAUCCGGCGACCUUGCGUGCUGCAAAGCCCUUACGGACCCUCUCUCUCCGAUGGAGAGGAGUUACCUCGUACCUGGGAGGAGGAUACCUGUCCUGCCUCAAAAUCUGGAACAACGAAACUACGACGGAGAGAUGUGCCUGCACGUCGCGGCUGCUGGGGGUCAGGUCGAGAUCGUGCGCCUCCUGCUGCGCCUGGGCGCCGACCUGGAGGCGAGAGAAGGCACUUCCGGCAGGACGGCACUGCACCUUGCCGUCGAGCGAGGCUGCAGAUCCGUCCUCACCUUCCUCCUGCACGAGUGCAGGCCCUGCCUGGACGCGCCGACUUACGCUGGGAUCACGGCGUACCAGAUCGCGAGCUGCGUCGACGUCCAGCUGGCUCGGGAGCUGGUGAGGCUAGGAGCCACCCCGGAGCCGCUUCCCGAGACGGACUCCGAAGGGAGCGACGACGAAAACCUCGAGGACGCGCCGUAUCUUCCCGCUUUGGCGCAGCUACGCCAAAGCGUUGGAGUACGGGCCUAGAAGAAAAGGAAGAAAAAGAAGGAAAACAAAGAAACAUGUUAACAGGUCCACGUAGGUUUCCAUCCGGAACUGGCCAGGCGCCUCGAGACCAGGAAAAGUCCGCCGUGGGAUGAGACGACCGACCUGGGAUCACGACGUAGCAGUUUGCGGGCCGCGUCGACGUCCAGCUAGCCCGGGAACCGAUGACGAGGAUGCCGGGGACCCUCCGUACUUUUCGACGUCGGUCGGCCGAUGGUCAGGAACGGACUAUCGAAGAUUUACGUCUUCCUCGUGUCUUGAAAAGACGCCACCCGAGAGAUCGGACAUCUGCAUCUGCUUCUAGAAAUGUACCUCGCGCGGGCGAGGUUUAGCUAAAUCCCGGUCGGCUUGGACAAUGUCGGCCCGAUCGCGCAUAACGCAUUCCUGAUUAGACGAACUCCAUAAACCAAAGAUUGAAGAUAUCCCGAAAAUAAUCCCGCGUUGAGUAUAUGCAUGUGCGACUCUUCUUCUUCUUCUUCUUCUUCUUUUUUUUUCUUCUUUUUUAUUUAACGCCGCCUCACCAAUCGAUUUACCAGACGCGGAACGUUUUAAUCGUCCCGAUGAGUGGGUCUUUUUUUAUUCCUCUUGGAGUAGAAGGAAGUCGAGGAGGCCGAUCUUCUCGGGCGUUAUGCGAGGUCCGGCUGUGUUUCGUCAUUGACCGAUCGAAAGCGAUUAACGCGAACUUUACGAUCGCGGCUCUCGCUACGGGCUGCAAAUAUCUUCCAAAUGUCGAACUAGCGGGUGUAUAAAUAAUAGACGUAAGACGUAAACCGCGAGUUCGACGAAACGAAUGGGAAAUGUGUCUAUGUGUGAUUGUUCCGUUAAAGAAAAGUAUAUACAUAUAUAUACGUGUACAUAUGCUUGGCCCGGAAAGCAUUUCCGGGCCGGCACCAGAGAGAGACUUUGAUGUAAGUCUUUUUGUAGAUGUUGCAAAUUAACGAGGGUUAAGUUAAUCCGCUUAAACGUCAAAUUCGGUUGUCAAAGCUGGGCGAGGGUCCUGCAAGUCGUCCUUGUUAGGCAUCCUAUCCCUGUCCACGUGUACAUAGUCAUCGCGAUCUUUGUUAGUUUCUUAGAUUUAUAGCCGAAUUAUGUUAAUAUCAAUGAUAAUGAUAAUGAAAGUGACAUUAUUAUUAUUACGUUAACUAUUAUAUUUUAGUAUUAAAGGAACGUUUACAAAAAGUU